AUGGACGAGCGGUUGCUGAACGAUCUGCUGGAAUGUUCCGUUUGCCUGGAACGGCUGGAUUCUUCCUCGAAAGUGCUUCCCUGCCAGCACACGUUCUGCCGGAAAUGUCUCGAGGAGAUCGUCGCCAGCCACCAGGAGCUGCGAUGUCCCGAGUGUCGAGUUCUGGUUGAGGUGCGAAUAGACGAGCUUCCGCCGAAUGUGUUGCUGAUGCGAAUAUUGGAAGGCAUGAAAACUGCCGAACUGAACAACCAAAACUCGAGCCAGGCAGCCAACGGCAAGCCCACGAGCAAUCGCAAUCAAUCACAGGGCGCCACACCAACGUCGAACGCCAAUGUGACCGGCUAUCAGCAACACCAACAGCAGCAGCAACAUCCAUCAUCCGGUGGCGUUCAUGGGGCCAAAAUGGCCAAAUCCCCCGCCCAAGGAAGCACGGACCAUGGGCAGCUUCAUUUGCAUCAACAGCAGCAACUUCAGCACCACCAUCACCAGCCACUGUCCCGCAUCAUCGCAUCGAGUGGUGUAACUGGCGCAACAACGAACGCCUCGCCACUCGAUCUAUCGAAAAUCCCACACGCCAAAGCGUUCUACGAUUUUUCCUCCAGUGAAACUAGUGACAUCAGCUUCCGUAAGGGUGACAUUAUCAUACUGAAGAAGAAAAUCGACCACAACUGGUGUGUGGGCGAGGUGAACGGAAAGGAAGGUGCGGUGCCGCUCAACCACAUCAAGGUGAUCGUUCCGUUGCCGUUUCCGCAGUGUAAGGCUCUGUACGACUUCCGCAUGGGUCCUGCCGAAGAGGAGGGCUGUCUGACGUUCAAGAAGGGUGCGCUGAUCCACGUCCUUCGUCGUGUGGAUCAGAACUGGGCCGAGGGCCGGAUCGCGGACAAGAUCGGCAUUUUUCCGAUAUCGUUCGUCGAGAUGAACGGGUUGGCAAAGCACAUGAUGGAUUCCUCGCUGAAACAUAUACUGAGCAACUCAAAUCGGACGGUUCCUCCAACACCGUUUGAUCUGAACGCCAGUGCCACAAGCAGUAGUGAUACGAGUUCCAGUGUUACUACCAGCCCGAACUCUUCCACGAGCACGACCAGUUCCAACUCGAGCACGGCUCCGAGCAGCCCAACGGCGCACUUCCUGCAAUCGCAACCUGCCGCAACCGGCAAGCAACAGUCAAGCCAAUCGAAACGCUCGGAUCCGGCUAACCGGGAAAAACGACACUCCCUGACGACGGGAGGUCUUUCCUCGGCUGCUGGAGCUUUACAAACGAACCAGCCUACGCCGCAUAGACACUCGACGGAGAUGUUAAACAACGACGGUGCUGGUGAUGCCAAGAGUGCACGUUUAGCACAGCAGCAGCAGCAACAACAGCUGGUGGAGGGAUCCUCCUCGUCCUCGGGUCCGUAUCAGAAAGGUGGCAACGGGGCGAAAGCUAGUCAAAUGUAUCAGCAACAUCCGCAACUUCCGACAACGUACAUUGCGUUGUAUCCGUACAAGCCACAGAAACCUGACGAGCUCGAGCUUAAGAAAGGAUCAAUUUACUACGUCACGGAACGGUGUCAGGAUGGGUGGUUUAAGGGAACAAACUGGCAAAAGAAAUCUGGUGUUUUUCCGGGCAAUUACGUUGCCAUCCACAAGGGUCGUGAUGGUGCUUCGCCCGCGGGCCGCAAUUCGAAUACUCAUUCCUCCGGGAAGCUGAACAACGUCUCUUCCCAGCAAGCUGGUUCUUCGGCGGCAAAUGGAGGAAGCUCCUCGAACGGUGCCAUGAGCAGCCCGUCCAACGGUGGAUCGUCUUCUCCUCAGCAGCUACUGCUACAGCUUCCCGAGCUUCCACCUCGCAAUACAACUGGCUCACAGCAACAACAGGGAAUGAAGUACAUCGAUUCUCUCUUUGGCCGUCAAGGUUCGCUUGAUGGAGGAGGAGGUUCUCCAAGUAAUGAACAGUCAUCCGGGCUAGAUGCUUCGACCACGACCCCACCAGCAACGGGUAAAGUGAAGAAAGACUCCUCAGCCGUUAGUCUUAUGAAGCGACUAACGAACAUGAAGCGUUCUAAGUCCCCCACUGGUGGUGGUAGUGCGUCAGCUGGAACCGGCUGCUCCGGUGGUACGGCAAAUCCAGCUUACACCAGCGAUAGUUCGUUGUUCGAAGAGUUGGGAGGUGAAACCACGUUGCUAGCCUCCGGUGGGCCAGCACAAAUUGCGAAAGCACACUUUAAGCAGAUUGCCAACCCGGUUCACGUACGAUCGGGAUCGUGUCCAAGUCAGCUGCUGCAGAACUUGCCGAUCGAUGUGAUGUUGAAUGGAACAGGUCCUACCCAUGGCUCUCAGCAUCACCAUCAUCAUCAGCAGCAAUCGCAGCAACAGCAGCAGCAUCAUCACCAGCAGAACCACUCAGCCUUAGCCGGAGUACGUGGAGAAAAUGGUCCCAUAAUGUAUGGAUCUCAGCGCAUCAAACCCCACAAGGAACGUCCUUUGAUGCAUGGCUUUAAGUACGGUGAUCACGGCAUCGUCACGGCCAUGCCCAAGCAUAUCGCACACGAAGCGCCAGCAUCGACAUCCUCCUCGCACGUGGUUGCCAAGCAGCAAACAUCCCAGAUCUACCAUCGGAAAUCGCAAAGCCUCGAUGCUUCGGCCAUCAUCUCCCAGCUUGGGCCCUCUCAGCAUACCUCGGCUGCUGCAACUGUCGUGGCAACUGUGGCUGCAAACGGAACACCGUCGAAGUCCUCCUCCAAAUCAUUCCACUCGCAAUCCGUGCGGGAAAGAUUCAAAUGCAUCGUCCCGUACCCACCGAACAGCGAGUACGAGCUGGAACUGCGCGUCGGUGACAUCGUGAUGGUGCACAAAAAGCGUGACAACGGGUGGUACAAAGGCACGCACGCCCGGUCCGGCAAAACGGGCCUGUUUCCGGCAUCCUUCGUCGAGCCGGACAUGUGA